AUGAAGCCAGAGGAAGCAAAAGCCGGUCAGGAAGUGAAGAAUGCCUGCUACCUCCAGAGACUGUUGAAACAUUUCCUGUAGCUGGAAGACAGCAGCCCUCCAACAGGAGCAUUAUUUCAUUAUUUCAUUUCAGUUUACAGAGGAUUUACUUCUCAGAAGUUGGGCAAGAGAUGGGCAGCAGUGAACCCCUUCCCAUUGCAGAGGGUGACAAGAGGAAAAAGAAGAAGCGGAAGGCCCGGGCCACUGACUCCUUACCAGGGAAGUUUGAAGAUAUGUACAAGCUGACCUCUGAAUUGCUUGGAGAAGGAGCCUAUGCCAAAGUUCAAGGUGCUGUGAGCCUGCAGAAUGGCAAAGAGUAUGCGGUCAAAAUCAUCGAAAAACAAGCAGGGCACAGCCGGAGUCGGGUAUUUCGAGAGGUAGAGACGCUCUAUCAGUGUCAAGGAAACAAGAACAUUUUGGAGCUGAUUGAGUUCUUUGAAGAUGACACAAGGUUUUACUUGGUCUUUGAGAAAUUGCAAGGAGGUUCCAUCCUGGCCCAUAUCCAGAAGCAGAAGCACUUCAAUGAGCGAGAAGCCAGCCGAGUGGUGCGGGAUGUGGCCACUGCCCUUGACUUCCUGCACACCAAAGGCAUCGCUCACCGCGAUCUGAAGCCAGAAAAUAUAUUGUGUGAGUCUCCAGAAAAGGUGUCUCCAGUGAAAAUCUGUGACUUUGACUUGGGCAGCGGGGUGAAAUUGAACAACUCCUGCACCCCCAUAACCACACCAGAGCUGACCACUCCAUGUGGUUCUGCAGAGUACAUGGCCCCGGAGGUGGUGGAGGUCUUCAGGGAUGAGGCCACCUUUUAUGACAAGCGCUGUGACCUGUGGAGCCUGGGCGUGGUCCUCUACAUCAUGCUGAGCGGCUACCCCCCCUUCGUAGGUCACUGUGGGACUGAUUGUGGCUGGGACCGGGGAGAGGUCUGCAGGGUGUGCCAGAACAAGCUGUUUGAGAGCAUCCAGGAAGGCAAGUAUGAGUUUCCUGACAAGGACUGGGCACACAUCUCCAGCGAGGCCAAAGACCUCAUCUCUAAGCUCCUGGUUCGAGAUGCAAAGCAGAGACUGAGUGCUGCCCAAGUUCUGCAGCACCCCUGGGUGCAGGGGAAAGCUCCAGAAAGGGGACUCCCCACGCCGCAAGUCCUCCAGAGAAAUAGCAGCACGAUGGACCUGACACUCUUCGCGGCCGAGGCCAUCGCCCUCAACCGCCAGCUUUCUCAGCGUGAGGAAGACGAGCUGGCAGAGGAGUCUGAGUCCUUGGUUGAGGGCCUCUGCUCUGUGAGGCUUUCCCCACCCUGCAAGUCACGCCUGGCCCGCCGGAGGGCCUUGGCCCAGGCAGGCCGCAGCGGUGACCCAGACCCGUGCCCAACUCCAGCCGCACUCUGACCCGCCCCAGCCAUGGUUUCCCCAACCACGGCCUGCCCAGGAGUGACCAGAGUCUGCAGAGUAAGCCGAGGAAGCUGCUGUGUGGCUCCAUCCUGUCAAAGGCCCUGAGGUUCCCACCCAACCUCCUAUCUCCCCAGAGUCCUCAAGGAAAAAGCUCCAUCCAAAGGGGUUGUCUUUGAAAAGGAAAGCAAUCACUUGUCACUUUGCAUAAUCGCCCCCGGCAGGGACAUCUCUCCACUGGGCUCCUGCCCACCUGCUCACCCGCCUGCAGAUCCAGGAUCCUGCCUGCUCUCCCAGGCCACGGCCAGUGGCGGCAGCGGCUGGGGCUGUGGCCCUCAGGGAGCCAGCCUUGAAAAGUGGAGGUUGACAGAGGCUCGUUCCUCUCUCUGCACUGUCACCCCCCCACACCCCACCCCUUCCUCUGUCCUCCGGAUGUCCUCCCCUGGGCUGAGCAAAGCCAUCCACUCAAUUCCAGAAAGGGCAGGGAGCCUUCUGCAUUCAGAAGGCCAGAUCAGUCUUCCAGUCUGCAGCGCAGGAGAAGCGCAGAAUCUUUGCCCGGACCGAAAAGUGUCCCUCAUUCAUCAUCCUCUUCCUUGUUGGGAUUGCUGCUGAAGUCCGUAUUAAUUCGUUUUUUAAAAAAAAAAUGUUUGUUUUUUUAACCAUGCACUUCCAGCAACUAUGGGACUUCACACUCCCACUGCAAGCCGGUGGAUUUUCCAGAACAUGUCAUGGCUUGCUCUUCCUUGAAUGACCAUGCAUGUGAAAGGUUUUAUUCCGCUGUUUCCUAUUAUUCUAACUGGUUUUAAGCUGUUAAGGUGACCAGUGACUCAGAGGCUGUGUCUGCUGGAGGGCAGCACCAGUCCAGGGCAAUUAGAAGGGGCUCCGUGCCUGAUGGGGACCCAGACCGCGGGCAGCCCUGGGUCCGAGCCAAGAGCCGCCUGGAGCCAGAGAGCCUGAAGGCGCAUCUGGCCUCCAGGAAGCUGAGUGCCCAGCUGCCUAGAGAACAUGGGUCUGUACAAGUCAGACGGACACUUACACAACACGACAGUGCUAUUACACGAUGUGCUUGUUUUAAUAAAACUGUUUUAAAUUCUA